CAAACCGAUGCGUAUCAUGCACCAUGCAGCGAUGUCCUCAACAAUCCUCUCAAUACAAUGUGUUGCGCAAUCGACCGCCCAAAUCCUUCCGGGGGCUACUCUGCAGAUGGACUUGCCGCAGACAAAUGCUUGCCAAAUGGACUUUGCCAGCAGAGCUGGACUCCUGAUGAGAACAUCACGAUGAGAACCGAGUACUACCGGGAAGAGUGCACAGUCAAAGGAUGGAAGAAUGGCAGUUGUUUGAGUGUCUGCUUGUCCAACAGCGCCAGCAGUAAUGUUUUGAUGACGCCCUGCGACGACACCGCGAACUCCACAAGGUGGUGCUGUGGCACUAAUAAAGAUUGUUGUGCUGGCGAUAUCGGAGUUGAGAUUCUUGCUCAGACAUUCCUGGGAAUGGUCGCAACUUCAACAUCAGCCCUGAGUUCGUCAGCAACCGCGACUGCUUCCGGUUCCACUUCUGCGCCAACCCCUACCUCAUCCAGCUCAACAGUCGCUAGGAACUCCGGUGCUUCAUCGUCACUUUCAGGCGGCGCAACCGCUGGUAUCAUCAUAGGGGCAUUGGCAGGAAUAAUGCUCGUUGGAGCUGCAUGGUUCUUCAUUGCGCGCCGACGCCGGCCUGCUGGUCCACCACCUCCGGUGUACGCCGAAAAAGGUCAAAGAGCUGAUGAUCCCAAGACAUACUACGCACAUGAAGCCGAUGGAUCUGGGCCGCAGGUGUCUGAAAUCUCGGCUGCCAACGUCAAGGAUCAUGAUGGAAGAACCGGAGUGCAUGAGAUGCAGUGACGCACUGAAAAGUACACAGACCACGAACAUACAAAGGGGCUACAUCGAGACCAAAACACGAUUUUGAAUUCGUUAGGAGCAUGAGUAGACACAAUGCCAUUAUUCUGAG